AUGUCUGAACUUGAAGGAGUUGUUAGAUCGCUUGAUACUAAGCUUCAGUCGCAGGCAUCGGAUAUUCAGCGGCAUGAAGAUAAGUUGGCGACUCUUGAAAAAUUAAUUGUUGAAAAAGUACGUACAAUUGAAGUGUUGGAUAAGAAGGUACAAUCCACUCUUAAAACUGUAGAUCAGUAUAAGUUUAAAAUUACUGAUCUCGAAAAUCGAUCUCGCAGACAGAAUUUGCGAAUUAUCGGGUUUCCCGAAAGAGUUGAGUCCGGUGAUUUAACUGAAUUUUUCUCUAAAUUACUGUGGGAAAUUUUCGGUGAUGAAGGUUUGCAAACUAAACCUGUUAUUGACCGUGCUCACAGAGUUGCGAGGUUUUCGUCUACGACUGAUAAACCACGAGCGGUGAUUGUUCGCCUUCAUUAUCCUCGUGAGAAAGAGCUUUUAAUUCGAUUAGCUCGUAAAAAAAGAUUGCUGAACUCACAUUUGUAUUUAGUAAUAUGGCUUUUUCAAAAUGGCAUUUCUUCUUCCCAUAAGUCUUUGCUUUUGAAACGUCAUCUUGUAUUUGAACACGGGAUUUUUUUUAAAGGUAUAUUACACUUUCAAAUUUUGAUGUUUAUACUUUUUUUAUUAAUGAUUGUUUUAUUAUAUUAGUUUUUUUAUUCUGAUUGAUAUAUAUUUUCUUUUUGCAACUCUAUAUCUUAAUCUGGGUGUUAUAUAGUUUUCUUUUAAUCUUUUUAUAGAGCUGCCAUCUUGAAAUGGGGGUAAUGUUAGUAUUAGAUUAUGCGCCUGCCGCUUGGCUUUUUUUCGAAGGGUGGGGGGAGGGGGUAGGGAUCUUUUUUCACGCUUUUGCUCUUUAUUUUUUUGCUUUUAGUUUAUGGGCCGACUUUAAAUUAUUAAUAUUGUUGAGGUGUCAUGUUCUCCGGUUGCCCCUGAAUCAAUUUUCCUCCUUCCUGAAUUGUGGGUUAUGUGUCUUUUUAACCUUUUAUGAUACACACAACUAAUAUUAGCAUGAUGGAUAAAUCUAUUAACUUUAUCUCCUGGAAUACUAAUGGUUUAAAUCAUCCGAUUAAACGUAAAAAAAUAUUUAAAGUAUUCCAUAGACUGAACGCUAAUAUUAUCUUUGCACAGGAGACCCAUAUCAGGAGGGAGGAUAAUCAACGUUUUUUAGGUUCUGGAAGGGUCAACAAUUUCACUCGAAUUGUACCGCUAAAAUUAGGGGUGUGUCUAUUUUUAUAGACCCCUCAAUAUCGUUUACACAUCAUGAAAUUAUUUCUGACCCACAGGGUAGAUUUUUGUUGAUAACUGGCUCACUUUUUAAUCGGAAAGUUG